UUCGUCAACACUGUCUCUUUAAGUCAUCCUUUUUAAUCUUCAAGCAGAGGGUUAAAACAGAAGAUAGCCGGCCCUAAUUACGUCACGCCCCCUCUCGGCUUUUUUUUCUUCUUCUUCUUCUCGCAUAAACGGACGCUGUCCUCUUUUCAACGUCCCAGUUGAUAUCCAUGUGAAAGCGAAGCGCGGUUUAUCAGAGACGCAGAUACGUUCACCAGACCAGAGCGGCAGCGGCGACAGCGGAGGAGGAGGAGAAGAGGAAGGAAGAGAAGAAGAAGAAGAAGCAGCGACGGCGGCCUCUUCACAAGACAAUAUUAUUCCUACUUAUCGUUAUCUAUUCGCUGGAAUAACUCGGCUGCGUGUGCCGGUUUGUCAGGACUCUGCCUCUCUAACUCAUGAAGCGGCACAGAGACGUUACAUAAGGCGACUAACGGUCGGAGAUGAGACGUUACGGCGGAGCGGCGCUGUAAUCGCAUGUGCUGGCUCUGGGCUUUGGCGCUGGAAAGGCGACACAAACGGAUUGAAUUCGUUCAUGUGUUGCGAGCUUCCAUCGCGUUUAAAGGGUAAUUUAUUCAAGUAGCUAGCUUUAGCUUUGGAAGCUGCAUCCGAUGCUGGUCAUUUCACUAUUGUGCGCGUUUAAUUGAACUGAGCUUAGGCGGCUAACCAGGACGCGCUGCUGCCGCUGAUGGAUGAUGAGCCCCGCGUGCGCAUAGCGGAAUAAUGAUCAGAAGAAACCACACGCGCGCUAAUGGCUCGCAGUAAUUGUCGAAACCAUAUUUGAUAAUUGGUGUGCGUGAUUAUAAAAUACAGCUUCGUAGCCGGUCGGACCUUGGUGGGCCCUGCUAUCAAUCAUAAAAACUGUCCUGGACGCGAAGAACGGGGCCCAUGUCUUAAUUUGGAAAACAAAGAAUUAGGCUACUGAAGAGGGUAAGCUGGUUAGAUAAGCUUGUUUUAGCAUUUUUAGGUGAGCUAGCAAGCUGGUUCUCGGAUUAGCCACACAGUCUGGACUGUACUGCUCCCUCUGACCAUCAAUUGGAGGAUAUAUAUAUAUAAUUUUUGUUCGGGUUCCAUGUUUGUGUUCUGCACCACCAUGAGCAGUGAAAGCGGGGACGCCGGGCCGGUCGAAGUGGAGCCCAUGCCGGGAUACUUGGACCUCAUUAGCAGAGCCUCCACCGUGAUGCUGGGCGCAUGGAGAGACUGUAGCUCUUGCGGUCUGGAGCUCUCCAAACGGACUCUCCUGGAUAACGCAUACAUUACCUGGACCGAAAUCGCCCUGUUCCUCUUUAGCGCCUUUUUGUGGACGCAGGUCAGGCGGGGACUGACAGCAAGUCUGUUUCAGCCUCUAGCACAGUGGUGCAGGCUGCUGCCCAAAGAUGCUGCCAAGAUGCCGGAGAGUGCGUGGAAGCUGGUCUUCUACACCAUGUCGUGGUCAUACAGCACCUACCUGCUCUUCUUCACCUCCUACUCCUUUUUCCAUGACCCGCCCUCUGUCUUCUACAACUGGCAGAGUGGUAUGUCAGUGCCUGCAGACAUCGCCAUCGCCUACCUGAUCCAGGGCAGCUUCUAUGGCCACUCCAUCUAUGCUACGGUCUACAUGGACGCGUGGAGGAAGGACUCGGCUGUGAUGGUGGUGCACCACAUCAUCACACUGGCACUCAUCAGCUUCUCCUACGCCUUCAGAUACCACAACGUAGGGAUCCUGGUGUUGUUCCUCCACGACAUCAACGACAUCCAGCUGGAGUUCACCAAGCUCAAUAUCUACCUGAAGUCCAGAGGAGGAGGCUAUCACCUGCUCAACGACGUGCUGUCCAACAUGGGCUCCGUCAGCUUCAGCAUCACCUGGUUCUGGUUCCGUCUCUACUGGUUCCCUCUCAAAGUGCUGUACGCCACAUGUGUGUCCAGCCUCCAGUCUGUCCCCAACAUCCCCUUCUACUUCUUCUUCAACACUCUUCUCCUGGCGCUGCUGCUCAUGAACAUCUACUGGUUCUUGUUCAUCGUGGUUUUCGUAGUGAAGGUGCUAAAGGUGAAAGAGGUGAACGACGUCCGGGAGUACGAGGACGAGGACGGCAUCAAGGCGGCAGCCGGACUGCUCAGAGAGCCCCGGGCAGAGAACAACGAUGCUGAUGCUGGACAUCACAACUCCGCCCAGGGGAAGCAAGUGCAGAAUGGGGUCACCAAAGAGAAGCACCUAUAACAGGCUCUCCGUCGCCACCACCUGGCACCGGGCUACAAGUACAAGCAAGACAAGACGCCCUCCUCGGACGGCUCACGCUCCAAAAAAAAAAAAAAGUGGCCGAAGGGAAGAGUGUCACGGAAAAGAAAAAAAAGGGAGGAAAAUAGCAAGUUGGGGCUGCAAUGGGUUUUUACUCUUUUUAUUUUGUUUUAGAACAUUUCAUUUCAUCGCUGUCAUUUUGUUUUUCUUAGAGCACUGUGAAUGUUAUUUCAGGUGACUUUUUGUCUUCUUGUUGCAAACUUUACAUUUGAUAGAUUCAGGAGGAACAGAAACCAGCUGGAGUGAGAGUCGGACUGUAGUGCAGGGUGUCUCGAUCAUCACAGCGCCGCAGCACCCAGACAAGGAGACGUUUAUCGGCCUGUCGUGGUUCUGUAGACAUUUAGACCAACAGUAACCCUUUAGCAACCCGGUAAACGAGCAAUAUGCUAAAUUCUAUAAAGGGGGGAGAGCUGUGUUUGCUCGUCUCCUUUAACCUCCGUCCAUCUUAUCUGACCCAAGACAUGAAGAUAAAUGGCUUAGAAUCACCAUUCAAAAGGGAAACGUUUGCGUUGUUCAUCGGUAUCACUUUCCGCGGCUGCAGAGAGGCAUAUAAGAGCCUGUCUGGCGAGUACAAGCUGCUGUUUCACCACAUGUAUUGAUUUUCAUAUCAUUGCACAAAUCCGUGGUGGUGACCGCACAGCUUGGCGUCCAUUAGUAUGAAUCGAAAAAGCCACAUUUGGUGUGUGUAGGUAUGUGUAUGUUAGGUGUUGUAGGAUGGAUGUAGCUGGAUCUUUAAAAUCCUUCACAACAUUUCACCUCUGAGUUUACAUGUUCUCUCUUGUACUGAUGAUCGACGGGCAUUGGGAAUAUUUAAUUGUAUAGAAAAAGCUUUUUUUUUCUUUCCUACGUGUGCUGCAAAGCAUCUGUUGCUGCACUGACAUGAAGGCAUGCAAGCUGGUUGCUGGUUUAAUGACAGCAAAUAGCUAGAAUUGAUUGACUGGGUUUCAGUAUCAUCCUCAUCAUCCUCAUUUGUUGAAACAAUAUGGAUUUGAUUAACAUUUAUAGCCGGUUUGUGUGCGGUGGCGGCUAUCGGGUUCAUAGAAAAUUGGAACAAAUAGCCCAGAACUUGUGUAAAGAUAAAGAUCAGUAUGACGGAAAAAAUAAUGUAUGCACACAUUAUGGUAUUCAGGACUGCAUGACAUCGAAUGAUUUUGGAAAUAUGCUCUGAAAUUGUCUUACAAACAAUGAAGAAAAAAAAAAAGUCCUCUAGCUAUGUAAUCAUAAUGUCUUUAUUAAUGUAAAAAUCCUCCUGAAGACCGAAUUCUUUGAAGCAGCAGUAACCACUGAACACACACACACACCAGUGUGUGAUCAGCUCUCCUGUGGCAUUUAAAUGUGUGUGGAUCUAUUGCAGACACGCAUUAAGAGAUCAGAUUAACGUCUAUUUCCUCCCAGAAAUCCCACCUACGGGAAGAUUGUUUUUUCCAAAACAUUCAAUUAAACUUUGGCGAAAAGGUUUCCCUUGACUCGAGGAGUUACACUAGAUCCCAUUCGUUUGUGUGUGUGUUAGUGGAAACAGCUGUUGCACCUGUAAAAAAAAAAAAGAAGGGAUAUUUCUAUUCUUCCUACCUUCUCAAUCAAAUUCAAGCUCUUGUUUCGAUGAACGGCAUGCUUGUGCUGCUGGAGCGGGCCGCAGAUGUGGCGCUGUUUUAGUUUUUCUGUUUUUGUCUUCCACGAUCCCCAAAUCAGCACAUGAGGGGAGUUUUACUUUUGUAUUAAACUAUCACUGUUAUUGCUGUAGUUCAGGUUAUCAUUGUUGAUUUGUUUUGUUUUUAAUUGCUGCUGUUUUUUUUUCUUUUUCUCUGAGAUCACUGUUGGUAUUCCAGUUUCUUUUUUUUUUUUCCUGCGGUGUGCAAGUCGGUGAUGGGGAGAGUUGUUUUGCUCAUCUACAUCACCAGGAUUUAGUCUCAGAUCUCUAAAUGCAGGCUCACACUCAUUUUGCUGUAGUCGUUACACAGCUGUACUGUAAAGCAACGCGGUUUAUCAAACACAUGUUGCCGUGUGUAAUAUAUCACACGAUCAGAGUCCCGUGGCUCACUGGUUUUACUCGCAUGGUGUUCUGGCAGGACGAGACCUCCGAGGUCUCGACUGCUCAACUGAGAUGAGAUCUGCUGAUAUUUUUGUUGAUUUGGUGACAGAUGACGGGAGUUUGCAGUAAACCCACAAAAGACCUGUGGUCUGGAUUAGAUGUGUCUGGUAUGGUACUGUGUGCGAAAGGAGCACCCUCAGUCUCUCCCCCAACUGUCACGCUGCAGACAGCCCUGCGAUGCGAUGUGUGAACAAGCAACUACAACUAUGAGGGCUGGGCGAUAUGACGAAAUGCACCAUCAGAGGAUAUUCAUUUGCUGUACUGUUAACACCGGGGCGUCAAUGUUGUAAAUCCACGAGCGGUUGUAUGGAAAUAUUGGAUUUUAUAAUUUAGCAUCUAAAGUACUUAGUCUUUUCAUGGGUUACCCCAAAAACAGCUGCAGCAACGUCCAGGUGUGGAUUAGAUAUAAGUCAAUUGUUAAAAUGUCAGUAUGAUGUGAAAUAAAUUGUAACCAUGUCGCCCACCCCUUACUGCUACCCAGACAUGACACAAUGAUCUGAAAUUGAAGGGGGGAAAAAAAACAUGAAAUUGUAUGUAUUUGGCUGAUUCUUAUUUAAACGUCCGAAUUGUCGGAAACACGUCGCACGUGAAGCUCAGUUCGGUCAGACAACUGGCGUUGUUAAAGCACAGACUUGAUACCUGAUGUCUCGUCUCUGACCUCCUCACUCUCUGUUUGAAUAAACCAAAAUCAGCUCAGAGGAGGUCCGGGAGCGUUUACUGAUCAGUUUGCAAAGGCAGCAGUGUCGCAGGGAGAAGAGUACGAUGGAUUGGAUUUGCCAUCAACAAAGAGAAAGUUAGGGAGUGACGAUAAAAGAAGCAGUGUUUAUAAUUUGCAGUAUGAAAAAAAACAUUUGGGUCCAGGUGCCUGACCUCGUCACUCCCUGAUCCUGAUGUGUGGAAACGAGCCGUAAAAGGAGCAGCGUUUGCAAACUGAGCAGUGAAGGCUGUGUGCAUCGGAUCUGUAGGAUUAAAUAUGACACGCAAGUUGUCCGCCUGAACCGGCUCACAGGCUGAGCCUCCAUUAUGACAGAGUAUUUUCAUGAGUGCUUUGAUUGUGCCAAAAUGUCCAUCCACAUUAUGAGGCAAGUGUUUGUGGGAGCGGGUGAAGAGCAGAGAGGAGUGACGGGCGGUAAAAGCCCUGCAGGUAUUUCUUCUAAAUUGCACUGUAAUUUAUUGAUAUUAUUAUUGUUCAUUAGAUCAGAAAAAGGAGAUUUGGGGAAUUUUUAUGACUUUUUCUGGGGUGAAAAAAAAGGUAACUAAAACAUGUUAAUUUAAAGUUUCUGGAUUAUUGAUUGUAAUCGGUACAAAUUGACCCUUUUGUUUUUGACCACUUUCUAAAUCGGACCACUUGAUGAAGACACACUUGCUCUUUUGAAAUGCAAUUUUAAUACCAUUCAGCCAAUGUUAUCGUUUCAUUUUUUCCCAUAAAAUAAAACAUGUCAGUAAAA